UUGGCGGGUUUUUGUUUACAUUCUCAGUUUCCAUCAGGAGAUGCCUCUAUACGCUCUAUCUAGUAAGCCAGAUCCAAGAAAUUUGAAGUCGCUUCUUUUCCCUUUGUUAGCCCGGCCGAUUAUCCGUGUUCUACCCCAUGGGCAGAGAACAUCGAGGCUCCAGGGCCUGGAUCUCCAUUCCUUGGCCAUCAAUCGUGGCCGAUAUUGAGCAUGAGACCGACCUGGAGGCACUACUCACCUCCUUGGAAGCGGCCUUACUCGAGUUGGCCACAUGGAUCCUGGAACACAUGGAACCACUCAGCCUGCAGGAUUCAGACGGUCUGCUCUUACCCAAAACCGUUGGACAGGCUUUGAAAUUGACCAAUACCCGUUGGCGAUUUCGACCCGCUACCCAUUCCAAGCCCUCGGAAGGCCCCCUGAAGCUUGAUCCGAAGGUCGAACCGGAUGGAAGUUCGCAGGCGAAAGAAACGCCCAUCUCUAAGCAACGGCGGCGAAAUCAGGCUCCAGCCCCUCAACGCGAAUUCCAGUGCGCAUUUCCGGGUUGUUCCAUCAAUCAAAACGUGUUCACCUCCCAAAGGCAAUUGGCCCGGCAUUUUACGGCUGAACACGCCCUAGUGGAUGACUUGGUUUACCCCUGCCCGACUUGCGAUCGCAAGUUCGUCAACGCCGCUCUGAGGCAACGCCACGUGUCCAAGAUGCACGUUAAGAACCACGUUUGUGACGUGUGUGGUCAUCGAUUCAACGAGAAAACCCGCUUGGUGCAGCAUCGCCGCGUUCAUACGGGCGAGAAACCUUUCGCUUGCCCGCAUUGUUCAUUCCGAUGCAACGCCAAGAAAAAUUUAGACGCUCACAAAAGGGCCAAACACGCCGAUUACGGGCAAGCCAGUCACUUCUGCGAGGUCUGCGGCAUUCCCUUUCAAACUCCGUACGCCUUGGACUAUCACGUUCAACGCAAGCACGUUACGCCCACUGCCAGUGGGUUGACUCGCCAUCAAUGCCCUCAGUGUCCAUUUGUGACGCGUAAUGCCACUCAAUUCCGACAACACGUGGACUACCAAUGCCAAUUCGACGGAGUAAGGGCUUGUUUGUGCAAUAUCUGCGGCAAGGCUAUGAAGACACCCACCACUCUGAAAUUACACAUGAAAACAAUGCAUCAACGAUCAAUCCAGGCGGAAGCGCCGAUAAAAAAGGAUCAUCCAAGGCAGGAAAUUGCCAAUGGCUGAGUUUCUUGAGCCGACACCGCCCAGUCGAAUGUCAACCGUUGGCGACUGUCAAUUCGAGCAUUGUAAUUUAUGUCCUCUGUGCUAUCUUCGUCUCGCAAAGCAUUAAACAUGGAACUGUA